UGUCCGCUAAGAAUCCAAGCAACGUUCACAAUCCGAAAUUCCCUUGUUUCUUCCCGGUGUCUAACUCGGUUGAGCAAGCAAACCCCAUAUAAAUAGCACUAAGAAGAGCUUGGUGUUCACUGUAAUUUGCAAAAUCCGACAUUUUUUGUUAGUGAAAUUUAAUGGAGGAUGAUGCUUGGAGCUUUGAUGUUUCUAUUGCUUCAAGGAACUACCACCAGUCAACUACUGAGUCUCAAUCUGAUCUUUGUAUAGAUUUGGAUGAGUUUGAAGGGGACGAUGAGUUAAAAACGGAGCAUCCAUGCCCAUUUUGUCCAGAGGAUUUUGAUUUGGUUGGGCUGUUCUGCCAUAUUGAUGAGGAGCAUCCUAUAGAAGCAAAUGCUGGGGUAUGUCCGAUUUGUGCUACAAGAGUGGGGAUGAAUAUGGUUGGGCACAUAACAACACAGCAUGGAAACAUUUCUAAGAGUUGGCACAAAUUAAAACUCUGUAAGGGUGAGUCUUAUUCAACCCUUUCUUUUUCAAGAAAGGAGUUUCAGGAUGGACAUUUCCGAUCUUUUCCCACUGGGUCAUCUUCUGUGGUUUCUACCUCUAAGAUGGCACCUGAUCCACUGCUGUCAUUUAUUUACAAUGCGCCUGCUGUUGACGAGUCUGAAAGUAUACAGCCUGAUUCUUCCACUGAAGUAAGCAUAGAGGAUGAGAACUCAGAUGAGCCAAUUUCAGAAAGAAAUUCUCAACUAAAUGCUUUAUCAGACAAGGACCAAAUGGAGAAGGCAAGGAGAUGCGAUUUUGUCCAGGAGCUAUUAUUCUUCACCAUCCUUGAUGAUGGCUCAUGAUUGGAAAUACUUGUCAGAUUCUCAGGUUUUUACAGAGAGGUCUGUGAUAAAUGUUUUGAGUUGAAUAUGCUGAUGAUACCUUUGAUAGAAAGAGCCAAGUUAGAUGUAGGAUCUGAAUGGACUGCACAUUGCUAGUCAAUGUAAUCUGCUGAUACCUCUGAUAGAAGGAGCCGAGUUAGAUGUAGGAUCUGAAUGUACUCAAUAUCACUAUUGCUAUAAUGCAUUGAAAUUUACUCUUGGGAAAUUUAACGCUAUCCAAAAAGUGGUUUAUUUGUAUUCA